AUGACCUCCAGCGCCGACAGCUGUGAUAAGCCAAGUUGCCCAGAUAAAAUUGAAAAAGAGCCAGUAGAACGAUUUAUUCCUGGAAUCACGGAUAAAAAAGCUGAUGGAAGCGAAAUUAAAAUAUUGAAAGCACAACGAGCCGUAGUGGCGCAAUUCAAUGAAUUUAAAGCGCGCGGCGCGGAAAUUCAGCGUGGUACUGGUUCAAAAGCACCGUUUCCACACGAUGCAUCGGCGGAUGAGAGCCAACAUGUUCACACGCCAAAAUCCAUCAUACUAGAAAUAACAUCUACAGAAAUCACGGAAGAAAACGAAGAGAGCCGAGAGCGAUUUCCGGUGGAGAGCGGCCGCCACUCAGAGACAUUAUCUGGAUCCGACGCAUCCAUGACGCAUCCAUCUCGAGGUGCUAUUGUGGACACUCCAGCUGUUGGCGAACCCCUCAAGGAUUAUAUGCGCCGGCGAAAAGAAGAAGAGGCUCUAGAAUACAAACGUCGACGUGCUGCCCGUGGUUCCAUGUGGGAGGAAACGGCAAGCGACGACGGUGAGGGUGGGCAUUCGCGACCAAAUGUUUUACGAAAACAGAGAUCUAAAUCUGUUAGCAACAUAACAGAGAUAAAAGGUGCCCGCCCUCAUCCACUAAUUAACACUAACGCCGAACCACAUGGAGCCACACCGGGCAGCACAGAUUGUGAGCAAAGAAACGUCCUCAACUACAACAUGCCGGCCGAAAACACCACGUAUGUGAAGACACGGAGAGGACGGUGGCGAAGAAUUGCAAGAUUCUUUGUACCGUCUGCGGAAGCAACUACCCAAGACUGGACUUCAACAUCAUAUCAACCACAACUCGAACCACAAACACGACCGGAAUCGCGCAAGCCAAGUAUCAUUCGUCGACUUGGACGUUUACUUAUGGGACAGAUUCCACAAAAUGAAUUCGAUUUGUAUUAG